GCGUAGUGGGAAAUCUAAACCGCCGCGACUCGCCGGUAACGAAUGCAACGAAGAGGGGAUCAUUGCAGCCGCCCGCGCGAUAAGAAAAUAUAGGACGACAAGCGACACGAGGCUCGUUGAUGCUGGUGAAAGCGAGCAAUUGGCGGUGCAUUGAACAGCCGUGCGUGUGCGUGUAGAAGCGAUUGGAAGGAGAUUAUUUAGCAACGCUUACCGCUCGAUCACCACCCCCCAAUGCCGCCGUCUCCUCCUUCUCAACCAACUCAGUAACUCGCACGAGGGUUCGUGGCGACAGCUCGCGGCGGCCGGCAAGACGUGGGAAGAGGAAUGGCUUCGGCAUCGGUUGCGGCUGCUGUGGGUCCCGACAAGGAGGAGGCUCCCAUGAUGCGCGAGUACGGUGGGGCCACGCGGGGCCGUGGCGUGCCUGAGGAUGGCUGGAGGAUUUGCCUGAAGCACGAGUUCACCGAGAAGAGGAAACCCUUCCACCUGCAGAACAUAUCGCCCAAGCAGGUCAUCGGCUUCUUUGGGAUGGGGUUGAGGUACUUGUGGUUUUACCAGAAGAAAAAGAGGGUAGAAAAAAAGGCUCCGUUCAUCGAUCUUUUCGACUCCCAGCCAUUACGACAGAUUUAUGGCGUUCCACUGGGUGGUAUUGGAGGUGGCUGCAUCACAAGGGGAUGGAAGGGGGGAUUUUGUCGCUGGAAUCUGCAGCCCGGCCUCUACGCCUACGAGACCAUCUCUGCGGACCAGUUUACGGUGUGCGUUCGGCGGAACGGGCAGACCACGUACCAGCAGGUGCUAUCCCCAGAUCAGCCUCACUCGCUACAGAAUUGGAACUGGGGCUUUUGCGGACGCUUCGCUUACUACCACGCGCUCUACCCUCGUGCCUGGACUGUCUAUGAGCUCCCGGGUCAGGGCAUCACGCUGACCUGCCGGCAGAUAUCACCUGUCAUCCCCAAUGACUACAAGGACUCAAGCCUGCCCACAGGCGUGUUCGUGUGGGACAUAGAGAACCACGGCGAAGAGGACGUGGAAGUGGCCAUCAUGUUCACUAUGAGUAACAGUGCAGGCCGCAAGCAUGAUGGCAAGGAGGGCCACUGGAAUGAGCCCUUCCACACGGCGGGUGAAGGCGCAAGCGACGGUGCCGUUUCCGGCGUCCUACUCCACCACAGCCACCCGACCAAUCCCUACACCAUGGCCAUCGCUGCCCAGCACCAGGCAGGUGUAACUGUGAGUCACUUGACAGAGUUUGACCCCAAGGGAUUGGGGGCGGAGGUGUGGACAGACCUCAUGCAGGACGGUCGUCUCAACUCGCCGCAGGGCCCCAGCAAGCCCACAAGAAGCCGGCAGGAGGUUGCCGCCGCAGUGGCAUCAACCGUCUCCGUGAUGGCUCGCGGGAGCGCACAAGCGGAAUUCUGCCUCGCUUGGGACAUGCCGAAGAUGCGUUUCAAAUCAAAGGAGCGCGAGUACUGCAGGCGGUACACACGUUGGUUUGGCACCGAUGGACAGGCUGCCCCCAAGCUGAGCCUUUACGCGCUCUCUCACUACAAGGAGUGGGAAGAAAAUAUCGAGGCAUGGCAGAGCCCUAUUCUCAAGGACACCUCCCUGCCAGCCUGGUACAAGUCAGCCGUGUUCAAUGAGCUCUACUUUGUGACGGAUGGAGGAACCGUGUGGGUCGAGGCUCGUACGGAGGAAGCACCCAAGGGGUGCGACGACAAUGACGUGCGGCCAAUGAACGGCACGUCGCCGCUGCCCUGCAACGAAACGCUGCUGGAGUACGGCCGCUUCGCCUACCUCGAGGGGCAAGAGUACCGCAUGUUCAACACCUACGACGUGCACUUCUAUGCCUCUUUUGCGCUGAUCAUGCUGUGGCCACAGCUGCAGCUCAGCCUCCAGUAUGACAUUGCGAGUGCGAUUCUGGCGGAGGAUACCCAGCAGAGAACCCACCUGAUGAAUGGAAGCCGCUCCAAUGUGAAGACCAAGCAUGUGGUCCCACACGACGUUGGAGACCCCUACGAUGAGCCCUGGGUGAGACUGAACGCGUACCUAAUUCACGACACGAGGGACUGGCGUGACCUCAACCUCAAGUUUGUGCUGCAGGUUUACCGUGACUACCACGCAACUGGAGACCGCCGCUACCUCGACAGACUCUGGCCAGUCUGCAAGAUUGUGAUGAAUUCCGAGCUCGAGUUUGACGCUGAUGGCGAUGGAUUAAUUGAAAAUUCUGGCGCUGCAGACCAGACUUACGAUGGAUGGGCAGUCAAAGGAGCCAGUGCGUACUGCGGGGGCAUGUGGCUCGCCUCCGUGUGCACCAUGCGGAAGAUGGCCGACAUAAUGGGUGACUUGACCUGCUUCAACAAGUACGAUGACAUCCUCCGCCGGGGCAAGAAGGCCUUUGAGACCAAGCUGUGGAACGGCCGGUAUUGGAAAUAUGACAGCAGUGGAGAGCUGUAUUCGGCAAGUGUCAUGUCUGAUCAGUGUGCUGGCCAGUGGUAUCUUGGAGCCUCCAAUCUGGGUGAUGGAGAGUACGAGGCAUUUCCCAAAGAUCAAGUGCAGAGCGCCCUGCGCACGAUCUAUGACCUCAAUGUCAUGAAGUUCUCCGGCGGAACUAUGGGAGCAGUCAACGGGAUGAUGCCCAACGGCACGGUGGAUACCACCAGCGUGCAGUCCAUCGAGGUGUGGGUGGGCGUUGUCUACUCCCUGGCUGCUACCAUGAUCCAAGAGGGCUUGACAGAGGAAGGCUUCAAGACGGCCGAGGGCACGUACCGCACAGUGUGGGAGCGGCUGGGCAUGGCUUUCCAGACGCCCGAGGCGUAUUGCGAGCAAGAUGUGUUCCGCUCGCUCGCCUACAUGCGGCCACUCAGCGUGUGGAGCAUGCAGUGGGCGCUCGAGCGACGCGCGCGGAAAGAUCGGGACGUCGCGUGAUGCUCUGCCCAGCAGCGGCAGCAGCAGCAGCAGAGACAACAGCAGAACGUCGCAGCAGCAGCCACUCCCCCAAGUCUCUCUUGACACUAAAGUGAUCAAAGUGCAAACGCGUUUACAGUAUUUAAUUGGGAUAGACAGAUUUGUGUUGAUGUGCAUGUAUUCUGGGAGUUCAACUACUGGUUUGGGUUUUCUAAAAACCUGAGGGCAAAAUAGGACUUGUAAAUAUAUAGUGAGCAUGGGGAUCGAUCUGUAUUUAAAUUCUACUUUUUUUCUCACCGCUACACACACAGACUCUAUUACAUGUAAUUGUCGUGCAUAUAUUUUUUUUAAGCUUUAAUUUUAUUUUGAAUACACUGUAUGAACAGGCAUAUUUUAAAAUUUAAUUAUGGGAUUGUAAAACAAAAAGUCACUUCUUUUUUUUAAAUGAACGUACUCUAUGGUGAGUUGCAGUCGCCUGUUAUAAUAUAGGAACCGUAGGGAAUACAGUCAAUUUGAAGACGAGCAUGAGAGCAACAUUCAAAACAGCGUUUUUGUUCUCAGUGGUGUCUCACACGCAAGAGGACACCUCGUGUAAGUGUCCAGAGCGGGUCUCUCUGCUCAAUUGUGAAGAUAACCUUUGAUGAAGUAUUCUGUGCACGCCGGACUGCAACACUUUUUGUGGGUAUUAGUUUAUACUUUCUAUGCAUUAUUAAUUAAACCUCCUGACCCUUCUCACCCUUGAAUACGACGACAGUAUAUGGCAGGACAGCGCGAUCUUUGGGGGGGGCUAAUGGGGUCAUGAUGCUUGUUGUACAGUGGAAUGAGUUUGAAUAAUUUCGUCUCCAGUAUUGUGUGCAAUUAUAGUGUGUUCUCAUGGGAGGGGGAUUUAAAUCAACGCAAAUUGUGAUGAGCAUUCUGUUGAAAAAAACAGUACAUCAUGUUUACAUAUAAUUUCACCAUUUAUUCAACAGGUAUUCAUGCACUUGAUAUACAGAAUUUUAAUAUUUAUAUAUAAAAAAAACACUGUCCUCUUAAAUAAUUUACGUAGUUCGUACAAUUGCCGAUCACGUGGCGUAUGUUUUGUGUGUGCUCCCACCAAUGUCAAGAUAGUAAUAGAACGGGAAAUACCGUGUUGCUUUGGUUAGCUGCCCGGAUAGUUGUCAAGUGGCGAGCGGCUCAACACUUAUCCCUGUCGGGGCAGUUCUUUAAAGAUAUUCACAGAUCAGCCAAAGAGGAGCCUUCAAAUGGACCAAAAAUAGUAAUUGUUGUUCUUCAAUGUUGAUUGCUAUUUUGUCAGGAUCAUUGUGUUUGUUUAUUUGAAAUGUUUUAUUAUGUUUGGUGAGAAAACAAAAAUUGGUAUGGCCUUGAAAGUGUUGUAAAAAUAUUAAAUGAAAUAAAAACGAAUGAGGUAUUG